ACAUCUCUACCCAGAACUGUCAGUGCGGUAUCGGUGAAUGGAUCGUCGUGGGCAGGUGAAAAGAGUUUGGAAAUCUCCAGGUAUCAGCUAGUUGGGAAACAGACGGAAUCUUCCGGGGUAUUUCGGGAGUUACAUAACCGGUGGCCGAUUGUUAUUAUUUAGUGAUUCAAAAGUAACUUGUCGCGAAAACUGAAUGUCGUGAAGUAACCGAACUAUUGAAUCAUUCAAGAACCGUCGCAGAUUAUUCUGAUGUUUUAGGAUCUUACAGAUAAAACUAGUAGAGAUAAAAAGAGUUGAAGAUGAGCACUGGUAGUACGGGAUCUACUUUUCCGAAGUGGCAGCUGGCGAUACUUAUAGGCGCGCCGGUUGCGCUUGGUAUUGGUUACCUCUAUUGGAAGAAAUCCACCCAACCUGAAGGGUCUGACGAUAAGCUGAAAAAGAAGAAACUUGGCGAGCUCAAAGACAAAACUAUUUCCCUCGACGAGGACGAACGUUCGCGCUCACAGGAUGUACCAGCCAAGAAGAAAACACCAACGCCAUUGGAGGAAGCUCAGAAGUUUAAAAAUAAUGGAAACGCAUAUUUCAGAGAUGGGAAAUAUGAACAAGCUAUAGAGGAAUACAAUCGGGCCAUUGAAAAGUGUCCGGAUGCGAACGCAACAGAUUUAUCCACAUUCUAUCAAAAUCGAGCGGCGGCAUUUGAACAUUUACAGAAAUGGAGCGAGGUGAUACAGGAUUGCAGCAAAGCUCUUGCUUGCAAUCCGAAAUAUUUGAAGGCAUUGAAACGACGGGCCAAAGCCUAUGAACACCAGCAAGAUUUAGCCAAAUCCUUUGAAGACACAACGGCUGCUUGCAUCCUGGAAGGCUUCCAGAACAAUAGCACUUUAAUGAUGGCGGAUCGCGUCCUGAAGGAACUUGGCCUGCAGCAUGCUAAAGAAGCACUGAAACAACAGAGACCUGAUAUAAGGCCAUCGAAAUUCUUCAUGAAAACGUUUUUCGCCUCGUUCAUGGAGGAUCCAAUCAAAAAAAUGGUGGUAGCAAGUACUGACCCGAAAGGAUUCGUGAAAGCAAAACUUCUGUUGGAUCAGGGUGAAUGUGACGAAAUCGUCGCCGCCUGUACGGAUGAAAUCGAGUCGAGUGAAGCAGAAGCCGAAUACAAAGUGGAAGCAAUGUUGCUGAGAGCAACAAUGUAUUUGCUAACUGCACAUUUCGAUGAGGCAACAGCCGAUUUGGAUACGAUUAUAUCGAUGGAACUCGCGGACAAAAAACUACGGGCGAAUGCACUUAUCAAAAGAGCGUCGCUCGCUAUGCAAGUUCAACCAAACACACCCGAGGUAUGCUUCGUAUACUUCACGCAAGCGGAAGAAGUCGAUCCACAUAACAGUGAUAUUUAUCAUCACCGUGGUCAGGUGUAUAUUUUGGCUGAACGGUUCGAAGAAGCCAUCAAAGAUUUCCAAAAAGCCAGCUCACUCUAUCCCAAUUCUGGGAUCAUCGAGAUUCACAAAUGCUACGCCAUCUAUCGACAAGCAAUGCAAAACAAAGACGAAUACGCUUUACGUGAGGUCAUAGAAGGGUUCCGCAAUGCGAUCGAACGGUUUCCCGAUUGCGUGGAGUGCUACAGUCUGAUGGCACAGGUUCUCUCCGAUCAGCAAGAGUUCCAGGAAGCGGAUAACUUUUUCGAUAAGGCGUCGAAAAUUGAGCCCGAAAACGCGCAGAUCCUCGUACACAAGGCCCUUUUGCAGCUGCAGUGGACUGCGGAGGUCAAUCCCGCCAUGCGGCUCAUUGAGAAAGCGAUACAGAUUGAUGACAAGUGCGGAUAUGCUUACGAGACGCUCGGUGCGAUCCAGGUCCAACGGGGGGAACUGCAGGACGCAAUCAGACUGUUCGACAGUGCCAUUAAGCUGGCCAAAACGGAAAUGGAGCUGGUGCAUUUGUUCUCACUGAAAGAUGCGGCGAUUGCACAGAUGAAUGUUACGCAGAAUAUGGGGUUGGAUAUCCGAACAAUAGCGGAACAACAGUCCAAAGCGAUAUGGUAAAGAGAACAAACAAUCCAAUCAGCUUUUACAUUGAUUCCGGUUUAUGUUUGGCAAUAUUCUGAUUUUGCUUUUUAUCGCUAGCAAAAUUUUGAGUUUUCAGUACUUGUUUUUACUACGGUGAGACUGUAGAAAUCCUCUGUGUUCGUUUAUAUUGCACUUGUUUAGAAAUAGUACGUAAAUCCACAUUUGUUCAUUCAAAUUUAGAGCUUAAACUUCAACAAUUUAGAGUUUAAAGUUCAACCUUUGUAUCGGGAACAAUAACAUUGCAACAAAUUAGACAAUUCAGGCAAUGAUAUAAACUUCAAGAGAAUAGAUCAACAUGAUAAUGGAAAUCAUGUUCGAGUGAAAUUAUAGGUCAAAGAGAAACAUCCAUGAAGCUAAUUUGUGUAAAGCAACUUAAUAAUAAGAGUUAUGAUUAAA